GCAUUUACGAAACGCGUUUGAUUAGACUAUCCGUAGUUACGGGAAGCGUCGAGGAACAAACUUGCAUGUUUGCUGGCGUAACUACGUUAAAAUGGCAGCUCAUUUGAAAAAGCGAGUUUAUGAGGAAUUUUCUAAAGUAGUCCAGAUUCCUCAUGAAGAAGCUCAAGCCAAGAAGCUGCGUCUGUCCAAACCCAGCAAGUCGGCAGCGCUGCAUGUUGACCUCUGUAAAGCCACCAACUCCACCGACGCCCUGCAGUACCUGCUGCAGUUUGCCCGCAAACCUGUGGAGGUGGAGAGCGUGGAGGGUGUUAUCCGCAUCCUGCUGGAGCACUACUACAAGGAGACGGAUAACUCUGUGAGGCUGAAGAUCGCUUCUCUGCUGGGUUUGCUAUCCAAAACAAAUGGCUUCAGCCCCGACUGCAUCGUUGAUGAUGCCAUUAACACACUCGGCAACGAGAAGUCCCACCAGGUCCUCGCUCAGCUGCUGGACACUCUGCUGGUCAUUGGGUCACAGCUUCCUGAGAGCCCAGCAGUUAGACUGAGGCUCAUCGAGGUGGCCUGCAAGCACCUGUCUGACACGUAUUUCGGGGUGAGGAACAAAUGUCUGCAGCUCCUGGGAUGUCUCGGCCUGGUGGACGCCCCUCUGACUAAAGACAGCAAUGGACCGAGCUCGUCUUCAGGAGGAGCGAGGGAUGUUCAGAGUAUCAUCAGUAACUACUUUGCCGACCAGGACCCCCGAGUCCGAACUGCAGCCAUCAAAGCCAUGCUGCAGCUUCAUGACCGAGGGAUGAAGAUCCACCAGAUCAUCUACGAUCAGGCCUGCAGGUUGCUGUCGGACGACUACGAGCAGGUUCGCUCUGCAGCUGUGCAGAUGGUGUGGGUUCUCAGCCAGCUCUACCCAGAAAGCAUUGUUCCCAUCCCGUCCUCCAACGAGGAGAUCCGAUUGGUCGAUGACGCCUUUGGGAAGAUCAGUCACAUGGUCAGUGACGGCUCCUGGAUGGUUCGAGUGCAGGCCGCUAAAACGCUGGGUUCGAUGCUGCAGGUCAGCUCUCACUUCCUGGAGCAAACGUUGGACAAGAAGCUCAUGUCGGACCUCAGGAGGAAGCGUACGGCCCACGAACGAGCCAAAGAGCUUUUCGUUUCCGGAGAGUUCUCCUCAGGCAGGAAGUGGGCUGAUGACGCUCCCAAGGAGAAGCUGGACUCCAACACCGUGAACCUCAUCGCCUCAGGGGCCUGCGGCGCCUUCGUUCACGGCCUGGAGGACGAGAUGUUCGAGGUCCGCAUCGCCGCCGUGGAGGCGCUGUGCCAGCUCGCCCGCUCGUCCCCGAGCUUCGCCGAAAAGUGUCUGGACUUCCUGGUUGACAUGUUCAACGAUGAGAUCGAGGAAGUGAGGCUGCAGUCCAUCCACGUGCUGAGAGAGAUCUCUACCCACAUAACGCUCCGAGAGGACCAGCUGGACACGGUUCUGGCCGUGCUGGAGGACUCGUCUCGGGACAUCAGAGAAGCCCUCCACGAGCUGCUGUGCUACACCAACGUCUCCACUAAAGAGUGCAUCCAGCUGGCUCUGCUGGAGCUGCUGAAGAACCUCAACAAGUAUCCCACCGACCGCAACUCCGUCUGGAAGUGUCUGAAGUUUCUGGGCUCCCGCCACCCCGCGCUGGUGUUGCCGCUGGUUCCCGAGCUGCUCAGCACACAUCCGUAUUUUGACACUCCAGAACCAGACAUGGACGACCCGGCCUACAUCGCGGUUCUGGUUUUGGUGUUCAAUGCUGCAAAGUCGUGUCCCACCAUGCCGGCGCUGUUCUCUGACCACACCUUCAGACACUACGCCUACCUGAGGGACAGCCUGUCUCACCUCGUUCCGCCGCUGAGGCUGCCGGGCAGGAAGCAGGUCUACAGUCUGGACUCUGUGGACUCCAGCUGUGGUUCUAGUUCUGUGGAGUCAGCCCAACUCUUCCUCCAGCAGAGCCUGAACAGAGUCAGCUCCAUCCAGAACCUGGAAACAGCCGGAGAUCAGGACCUGCUGAACUUCACCAUCCGAGACCUGCAGCGUCUGGGUGAGCUGCAGACAGAGCUGGCUGGAGCUGCUGAUUUCUGUGCCACCUACCUGCGCUGCCAGCUGCUCCUCAUGAAGGCUCUUCAGGAGAAGCUGUGGAACGUGGCCGUCCCACUCUACCUCCAACAGAACGUCACGGCGACGGCAGCAGCGCAGCAGAUCUUAGAGGAAACCUACAAACUGGAGUUUCUCUACAGCGGGUUGGAGAGCAGACAGGUGGCCACCAUCCAUCAUGUCCGACUUCAGGCCAAAGCCCUGCAGCUCAUCCUGACGGCUCGCACCAGACAAGGGCUGGAUCUUCUCAUCAGCAGCUGUGAGAAGUUUCUGCAGGAGGUGGAGUCUUUUCAGAGGCUGUUCCUGUCGGAGCUGCCCCACCUCCAGGACAGCUUUGUGGAUAAGCUCCUGGAGCUGAUGCCCCGGCUGGUGUCGUGUAAACCAGCGGAGCUGGUGAAGAUCCUCCAGACGACUCUGAGACAGAGCGGCCUGCUGCAGCUCCGGCUGCCUGAGCAGAUCCAUCGCGCGACGGCCACCAUCGUGGAGCCAACGGGGGAGUCGGACAACCCGCUGAAGUUCACAUCUGGCCUGGUGGUGGCGCUGGAUAUCGACGCCACGCUGGAGCACCUUCAUGACCCCCAGAACUCGGUCAAAGUUCAGGUUCUGUAUCCAGAUGGCCAGAGUCAUGUGAUCCACCCCAAACCUGGAGACUUCCGGAAGCCUGGACCCAACAGACACCGACUCAUCACACAGGUCUACCUGUCUCACACCGCGUGGACGGAACCGUCGCAGGUGGAGGUGCGCCUCCUGCUGGCCUACUCCUCCUCCUCCUCCUCCUCUCUUUCCUCACCUUCAACCAGCAAGUUAGGAUGGAGCGACAGCACCGACAGCCCGGCGCCAGCAGAGGCCGCCGUGGAGGGAACCAUCCCCUUCAGCAAACCCGUCAAAGUCUUCAUCAUGCCCAAACCCACCCGCCGAUAACCCACCGUCGCACAGCUGGAGCACAUCUGCUUCACGUGCAUGACGGAGACUCCUCACAUGCAUUGUGUGCAUAAAAAAACAGAAAUUUCCUUCUCAAAUGAAACUUUAACCUUAUUUUA